AUUUAACUCAUAUUAUUUAUGAGCAAACUUAAAACUAAAAAUAGACAAUAAGUUCAAAAUGACUUUGAUUCUUUUUCAAGCAAUAAUAGUGAUUAAAGUUAUGAUGAUAAUCAACCUGUCACUAUGAACUUUUUAGAAGAAAUUAAAGGGCAUUUAGAUGGGGACAUUAGUUUUGAAACUAAUGAACAUAAUAUUUAUGAUCCUGCUUUCUCAUAAACCAUAAGUCAUAAAAUUAAAGAUCAUCAAGAUACUGCAUUUCAUAAAUUUAAAAUUAAAUCUGAUACUCAAUCUAUUAAAUCUUCCAAUUCAAUAAAUAUCAUUUGUUCAUUGGAAAGAUUUUAAUAUUAAUUACAACUUAAACAUACUUAGAGUCUUCCAGAUCAAUAUAAUUUGUAAACUAUUUCUGAUUCAUAAAAAUAAUAACAACUAAAUUUAUUAUGGGAAAAAAUUAAAUAAAAAACAAAGGAUUAAAAAAAAUGA